CGGAGCCGAGCCGAGCCGAGCCGAGCCGCACGGUGAGGCGGGAUGAAGAGCGGCGCAGGCUAUGGCGCAGCCCCCGGCUCGCGCUCCCCGCGCCCGGCGAGGCUCUAGGACGGCGGGACCCCUCCUCGCUCUAUAGCGACUUCCCCCCUAUUUAAUUGCAUCCCUAACUUAUUCCCAUGGAGCCGCCGCCCACGCUGCCCCCCGCGCCCAUGGCGCCCUUCCUCUGGAUGGUGGUGCUGGGCUUCCUCAUCGCCUUCAUCCUGGCCUUCUCGGUGGGCGCCAACGACGUGGCCAACUCGUUCGGCACGGCGGUGGGCUCGGGCGUGGUGACCCUGCGGCAGGCCUGCAUCCUCGCCAGCAUCUUCGAGACCGUGGGCUCCGCGCUGCUUGGAGCCAAGGUCAGCGAGACCAUCCGCAAAGGGCUAAUUGACGUGGAGAUGUACAACUGCAAGCAGUCGCUGCUCAUGGCAGGGUCCAUCAGCGCCAUGUUCGGAUCUGCUGUGUGGCAGCUGGUGGCUUCGUUCCUGAAGCUCCCCAUCUCCGGUACCCACUGCAUCGUUGGGGCAACCAUUGGCUUUUCUCUGGUGGCCAAAGGGCAAGAAGGUGUCAAAUGGUCCGAGCUGCUCAAGAUCGUGCUGUCCUGGUUCAUCUCACCCCUCCUUUCCGGCAUUAUGUCUGCUGUCCUGUUCUUUCUCGUCCGGAGGUUCAUCCUCUGUAAGGCAGAUCCUGUUCCCAACGGCUUGCGAGCUUUGCCAGUCUUCUAUGCCUGCACUGUGGGGAUCAACCUCUUCUCCAUCAUGUACACCGGUGCCCCUCUGCUGGGCUUUGACAAACUUCCUCUGUGGGGUAUCCUGCUAAUUUCGGCGGGGAGUGCUGUUGUCUGUGCUCUUGUCGUCUGGUUCUUUGUGUGUCCGAGAAUGAAGAAGAAAAUCGAACGAGAGAUCAAAUCCAGUCCUUCUGAAAGCCCCUUGAUGGAGAAGAACGUCGGCCCCAAGGAGGACCACGAGGAGCCCAAGGUGGCCCUGGGCGAUGCCAAGAGCCCCGUUGCUGACGUGAGGCUGGCUGCGCCCCAGCGGGCAGCAGCGGAGGAGAGGAUGGUCUCCUUCAACGUGGGGGACCUGGAGGAAGCCCCAGAGCAGGAGAGGCUCCCUAGCCUUGACCUGAAGGAGACCAGCAUUGACAGCGGAGCUGUGCGGCUGCCCAAUGGCAACCUCGUCCAGUUCAACCAGGCCGUGGGCCACCAGCUGAGCACCAGCGGGCAGUACCAGUACCACACCGUGCACAAGGACUCUGGGCUCUACAAGGAGCUGCUGCAUAAACUGCACCUGGCCAAGGUGGGGGACUGCAUGGGGGACUCGGGAGACAAGCCCCUGCGGCGCAACAACAGCUACACCUCCUACACCAUGGCCAUCUGCGGCAUGCCGCUGGACUCCCUGCGUGCCAGGGACGGCGAUGAGGUGGAGAAGCUGACCUGGCCCGUAGCGGACGCCAAGAAGAGGGUCCGCAUGGACAGCUACACCAGCUACUGCAAUGCAGUAGCAGACGCCCACCCUGCUGCCGAUGUGGAUCUGAACACGGCCCAGGUGGAGAUGGGUAUCAGCGACCGCAAGGGCAGCACAGGCUCUCUAGAAGAAUGGCAGGACCAGGACAAACCCGAGGUGUCCCUGCUCUUCCAGUUCCUGCAGAUCCUCACAGCUUGCUUCGGCUCCUUUGCGCAUGGUGGCAAUGAUGUCAGCAAUGCCAUCGGCCCACUGGUUGCCCUCUACCUGGUCUAUCAGACAGGUGAUGUGGCUACCAAAGUGGCAACUCCCAUCUGGCUGCUGCUCUACGGAGGUGCAGGGAUUUGCAUCGGCCUGUGGGUCUGGGGAAGGAGAGUCAUCCAGACGAUGGGGAAGGACCUGACUCCCAUCACACCAUCGAGUGGCUUCAGCAUCGAGCUGGCGUCUGCCCUGACCGUGGUGAUCGCCUCCAACGUUGGCCUCCCCAUCAGCACAACCCACUGCAAGGUGGGCUCCGUGGUCUCGGUGGGCUGGCUGCGUUCCAGGAAGGCGGUGGACUGGCGCCUCUUCCGCAACAUCUUCAUGGCCUGGUUUGUCACCGUCCCCAUCUCGGGUGUCAUCAGCGCUGCCAUCAUGGCUCUCUUCAAGUUUGCCAUCCUGAAGGUGUGAGGGGCUGGCAUCGCUCCUGCUUCCCUGCUGCCCCCCUUCCCUCUGGGAGCCAAGGGGCUCAUCCCACCGCAGGAGGGGCUGCCGUCACCUUGGGGUUCCCCCACGCUCCUCAUGUCAUCGAUGAACUCUCCGGGGUGUUUUUGUUUCCAUGUCCCAGUGCUGAGUGCCUGGGGGGUGACGCCGAGGGGUGACCCCUUCUGCUGCGCAGUAGCUUUAGGUUAGCAGUGACCAGAGCCCACUCUCUUAUUUUUGAUGACUUAAUUAAGCCCCCCCGGCAGCGAUUCCUCCUCCAGUAAGGAUGGGGUCUGAUCCCUGACCCUCGAGAGGGGGUCGGGGGUGUCCUUGCCCACCACAGGCUGCGCUGCCUUCGGCUUUGCCUCCAUCGCUGUAGUGGUGUGCGCACCAGCUGCUGCCCCCGCCCCGCAUGGGGGUCCCUGUGGGGCCCCCCCGUGCCCCCCUCACCGCUGCUACCUCAGAUAAUAAAGGAUUCCUUUGUA